AUGUCAAAUGAUGACUUUGAAUGGCUUGAGAGAUACUCGCAGCCAGUGCCUUUGCGAUACCCUCAACAGUAUCAAUAUGGAGUGUCGUUAUCAUCAUCAUCAUCCCAGGGCCCUCCUGCCCCGCCUCUUCUGUACCCUCCUAUGUCUACAUCCCAGGCACCGACGGGCCACACUCACCCGGUCUAUACCUACAGCGCACCAUAUAUCCCCCCUCAGACAUAUGUGAGACCACAGGACACAACGCAUUAUUCUCGCCUCUACCCUCCAACCGCAUAUCGUGAACACCAGCCGUAUCAAGUGAAUUCAUCGGCCACGGCACCACCACUCGCGUCUGUUCCAACACCAACGCCUACACCCCCAGCACCAGGGCCACCACCGGCAGCAUCAGCAUCGGCGCCUCCUUCGCGUGCCCCCCCUUCGGCUCCCAUAGCCACAACACAAAAGCCACCCACGGACACCACAAGGGAAGAGAAAGAGAAGCCUCUAGUGUACCACAAUUCCCCAAUCUACGCGUAUGCGACCAGCGCUGAUCCCGAGACGCUUGGGCAUGACGUGAAGAGACGUCGCGUGGAGUCACCGGUAGCUAUGACUACACCGAAGCCGACGGUGGCGGUUCAAGGGAGCCUCUCGCAUUACUCUUUUAAACCCCAAAACACUACAAGCAGAAGUCACCUAAGAAUGCGCACUGAUCUCGCACAACGCUUAAACGAGGCCGACACAGCGGAGAAAGUUACCUAUGAUCCGAAGACGAUUGCGCGGGAUAUCUUGAUUGCGUCCGGGCGCCACCCUACCGAGUUACCUUUAAACCACCAUCUAGUUCGCCUUCGGGAAGUAUUCUCGGGUCUUGAGACUGCCUCGGAUUUGGCGACCUUUCGCUGGGAUGUGGUUGAUCCGCCAAAGCCUUCCGUCAACACUAUAGACCGGUCACGUGACCAUGCUCCGCUGCCCGCUGCACCGCCCGCCGAAACGCGUCCAGUCCAAUCAAAUCCGCUGCAUCGGCCUAGAGUCCCAUAUCCACCACAACAACCCGCUCAUUAUCAGCACUCUCAGCGCUAUCAACAGCACUCGCAACCACAGUCGUAUCAACAACCACAGCAGCCGCCACAUCGGGCCCAGACGACACACUUACCACAAUCACAGCCUCAGCAGAGAUCUCAGCUCCAUUCUUCUCCGCAGAUUCACAUUCCACCCCAACCCCAACCUCGACGGCAGCCUUCAGUACCCCAAGUACAAUUGCCCUCAAAACCGCAGUCGCCGGCGCAACCGCAGUCGCAACCGCAGUCGCAUACUCGGCCAGCUGCUCAGACUGCUACCAAGCCACAGGCACCAUCGCAGCCGAAACAUUCGACGCGCCCAUCAUCAAACAUGGUGGGAAAGAGGGGUCCUGGUCGGCCACCUGCGAGCUCCAAGGUCGAGGUUACUGUUCCUAUUUCUUCUCAAAUUCCGUAUCAGGUGUAUGCCUGCGAUUGGAAGGACUGUCAAGCGGAGUUACACAACCUCGAAAUGCUUAAGAAGCACAUCUUCAAAGUUCACGUGCCUUACGCACUUACAUGUCAAUGGAAAGACUGCAAAUUUCAGGAGCCCUUACCUGCCAUCCACCUGUACAAGCACGCUCUGACAGCUCAUGUGGAGUCGAUUGCAUGGAAGUUGGGCGACGGACCAUCAGUGCCUGGAACUGAGGGUCGUGAUGCCAGCGCAACUCCUGGGCCUAAAACUAUACCGGACUCGAUUCAACCAGGCGGCGAGGACUCGCUCAUCUUUCCAGCAAGCUACAGUUCGAUCCGCGCAUUCAACCGUGUACAUGGUAACCAUACGCAAACUCAGAAAGCGCGAGAGAUACUCAAGGCAGUACGAAGGCUCAAGGAGCAUAUUGGGUUUGGGUUGGAUCCUGGUGGGUGCGAGCUGGCCACGCCGGCAAGGAAUAAGAGAGUGAGCAACGAUGAGGAUUUCUACGCCGUGAGGCAUGAGUCCUAG